AUGGUCGACGGUGGCAGUGAGGCGGCGGCGGAGAGUAAUUCGAGGUGGACACCGACGAAGGAACAGAUAAGCAUGCUUGAGUGUCUCUACAAGCAAGGGAUUAGAACUCCGACGACGGAUCAGAUUCAAGAAAUCACGAAAAGGCUCAAAACCAUAGGCAACAUAGAGGGCAAGAAUGUGUUCUAUUGGUUCCAAAAUCACAAAGCCCGACUAAGACAGAAGCAGAAACAACAGCAGCAGCACCACCAUCGUCUCACUUACUUCCGACGCCAGCUUCUUCUUCACAAUCAUCCUCUUCCUCCUACAAACUACAAAUAUGUUAUGCAAGUGAAUGAUUUUGGAAUGAACAAGUUUGCAAUUCCCUCCCAAUGCACAAGUUUGAACAUGAAUAAUACUAUUAAUAGCAGCACCACUACCAACUUGAGAAGUAGAAGAAGAAGUACUGUUGAAGUUUUGCCCUUGUUCCCACUUGAACCUAGCGGCACCUUGAGAGAGAGAUCAACCGUCACCACCGCCCCCGCCGCCGCGGCAACAAUAUCACCACCGGAGGAGAAACCCUACUUUGAUUUCUUCAACAUGAAGGGAUCAUCUAGCUAG